AUGUCACUUUUAAUCCCAAAUCUUAACGAUAGAACCGAUGCGCACGACCAUUUAGAAGUUAGAGAAGAGUUUCGCCAGGCGGUUGCAGGAGCCCGCCAGGAUGAAAAUGCCAGAGAAAUGUUUAGAUGGGACUUUGAAACGGUUCCGGGGUUCUUCAAGCAGUCAGAUGAAGAAACUGAUGAUGUUACUUUUAACUACGCCUUCCACAAUAUAGGCAGACUCAAGAGCUGGAAAGAUAUGAUCGACGAGUUGGUGAAGCUUAAUAAGAAUGCCAAACCCAAUGAGGUGUACAAGUUGGUCACUUGCGCUAGACACGGUCAGGGUUUUCAUAAUGUCGUUGUAGAGAAGUACGGAGAGGAUGCAUGGGAUGAAAAAUGGAGCCGUCUCAAUACGGACGGAGAAUUGGAGUAUGGACCUGAUGCAAUGCUCACCGAAAGAGGUAUAAACCAAGCGAAGCAAAACAAUGAGGUGUGGACAGCGGAAGUAAGGGAGCAUGGUGCUCCGUUACCUGACAAGUUCUACGUAUCACCUUUGCAAAGAUCAAUGUGGACCUUGCUAUACACUUGGGAGGGACUAAGACAUGAAGACCAGCGUCCCAUUAUCGUGGAGAACUUGAGAGAGCGUUACGGAGAUCAUACGUGCAACAAAAGAAGUCCGAAAAGGGUCAUCCUGGAAAGAUUUGCAAAGUACAACUUCGAGUUUGAAGAAGGGUUUACUGAGGAAGAUGAGCUUCACACCCACGAGCAGGAGACGCACUUUCACCAGUGUCUCAGAACAAAUGAGUUUUGCCAAGAGCUCUUCGAAAAAGAUUGGGAUAGCGAAGUUGGCGCCGUAGAUCGCCAUAAGGCUUUGAAGAGCAUGUUCAUUUCCACCACAUCCCAUGCUGGUACCAUCAGUGAGCUUUUAACCGUUUUCCAGCAUAGACCCUUCGCCAUCUCUACCGGUGGUAUGAUACCCGUAGUGGUGAAGGCUACUAGGGUGAUAGAUUAA